CGGAUUCGUUGGAGUGGUCAGAGUGGUCAGUUGGUGUAACGACGCAGCAUGGGCAAUGCGAAACAAAAUAUCGGACGGCAGUUUGUGGCGGUGGGAGUGCUGAUGAUUCUGGGACUCCAAGGAGUCCGAUCUGAGUAUGGCGACCUGGUUGGCGAUUGGCUGGUGGAUUAUGAUGGAGACGAGCUCAAUUUUUUUGAGGAUUCGAUUUGGCGCGUUGAUUUGCACAUAUACAAUGUGUUACCCAAGGACUCUGCGUUGAAUUACUACUUUGUGGUGUACUCCAAGGAUGAUCGGAGGGCGUCGUCGCCGCCGCUGGAGAUAAAGAAGGAGGAUUUCGAUCUGUUGGGCAGCUGGCGGGGAGCGCUAUAUGUGACUGGAGUUCGAUUUGGAUACAGUUCGCUGGAGGUGGAACUGAAGUCCGCCGCGGUGACGGAGACAUAUCCAAAUCCCCUGCCAAUUACAGUGCUCCGAACACAAGUGGUGGACGAACGCAUCACCACCUAUGUGUCCGCCGCCUUGGCUCUGCUGAUGUUCCUCAAUCUCGGAACCGUGUUGGAUAUGCAGCGCCUGGCGGGCAUCAUCUGCCGACCGGUGGGGCCUGUGGUGGGUGUGGUCAGUCGAUAUGUGCUGAUGCCCGCCUUGGGAUUCGGACUGGGUCGUGCUCUUUGGCCAGGCAGUUGGCCACUCCAGCUGGCCCUCUUCUAUACGGCACUGGCGCCCAGUGGCGGACUGGCCAAUGUGUGCGCCGUCUUCCUCAAGGGAAAUAUCAAUCUUUCUGUGGCCACCACCACGAUCAAUAGCCUGCUGGCCCUGGCCUUGCUGCCCAUUUGGAUACUGGUUCUGGGCCGGAUGCUCUACGAGGACGAAGAGCUAACAGUGCCGUUUGGUCAGCUUUCCGGAGGAGCUGCUGCCAUGGUGGCCUGUCUGGCCAUCGGCGUGCUGCUGCGACUCUGCGUCCCGCGGACCACCAGGUUCAUCUUCCGCUUCCUGAAGCCACUGUCCGUCGUACUCAGCUUGUGCCUCGUGGGCCUGACGGUGGGUCUCAACGCAUUCGUCAUCUACGAGUUCACCUGGCAGAUUCUAGUGGCUGCCAUAUGUCUGCCCCUAGCCGGCUACCUAUCCACUUAUCUGCUGUCCAAGAUCCUCUGCCGAUCGUCCACCGACGCACUAACUUUGUCCAUCGAGGCCAGCGUGCUGAACAUGACCAUGCCCAUUGUGCUGCUGCAGUCCAGUCAACUGCAGCAGCCGCAACUGGAUCUCGUCCUGGUCAUGCCCAUUGCCUCCUCGCUGAUCUCCCUCGUCCUGGUCGUCCUGUUCUAUGGCAUUCGGCGUUGCCUGGGCUGCAAUAGACAGCAGGAUGCGGAUGGCUUUGAUCACAAGAAGCUGUUGGCAGAGCAGGAGGGUGAUGUCUAGUUUGAUUUCUCAAAAAUGUAGUAACACAUUUCUUUUUUUCCUAGUAAGUUAAUGUUAUAAAAUCGUGAGUGGUUUAAUUUUUUUUUGUUAUAUAUGAUGUAUUUGUGUGGGUAGACUUUACGAUUUAAGCUUUAGAUUACAAAUAUAUUACACAUUGCAUAUUGUGCAAUUUUAAACGUAAA